AAACAUACCUACUGUGUGCAGUGGUUUUGCAGAGUGAAACCUGGAUCCUCCUCUUCUCGGGUCCCCCGCAGGCUCUCCUGGCUCCUCCUGUCUCUCAGGUGCCCCCACAGCAAGCAGCUUGCUAUGGGGGCACCCGCUCCUCCGUGUGUCCAUUCACACACAGAGCAGCAGCUUGAGGAGGCAGAGACUCACAACAGUCUCGGCUGUCAUUCACAUUGCUGGAUCUCGAUGGGGCUCAGGUAAGUAUUGAGGGGGCUGGGGGCACUGCUGCACACAGAAAGAUUUUUACCUUCAUGCAUAGAAUGUAUAAAGGUAAAAAACCUUCAGCCUUUACACCACUUUAA